AUGGGAUUGACAAGGUUCGUCUCCGCUUCCUGCACCUUCCUUCACGUUUGCACCCUUCUAUUCCCGCCUCUGACCACGCCUAAACUCGAUGCGCUACCCCAGGAAAUGUCUAUGAUCAUCCUCGCUAUCAACGUGUUCUUCCCCGGCGUCGGCACCAUGAUCGCCGGCUGUAUGGGCACAAAAAACAAUUGUUCCACCAUAACCGUCGGCAUUCUCCAGCUGCUGCUCUCCGUAUUCUUGAUCGGCUGGAUCUGGGCCAUCAUCUGGUCGGUCAUGCUCUACAAAAAGGUCGCUAAGCAGAACGUUCCGACCACCCAUAACCAGCAGACCCAACACCACACCCAGCCGCAACCGCAACCGCCGCACAAGCCCGCGGAACCGCAGCAGGCCUAUGUCGAGCAGCCCUACGUUGCGCAACCCUAUGUCGAGCAGCCCCACGCUCCGCAACCGCCGCACAAGCCCGAGGAACCGCAGCAGCCCUAUGUCCAGCAGCCCUACGUUUCGCAACCCUAUGUCCAGCAGCCCUACGCCCCGCCACCACCGCCGCCCGCCCCAUUCACACACGCACCCCCGCAGUUUACGGGACCGCCGCCGCCGCCGGCCCAGCAGUGAUGUUCGACUUUCGGGAGAAAAAGGAGCGUGCGUAGUGGUGGUUGUUCAGACAAACGCUGAGAGUGUUACCGACACGAAGUUGUUUUUUAUCGACGCGUCAUCGGCGACGUUCAGAAAUGGUCGCCUCGUCUCCGACAUUGCUCGCGAUACCUUCCAUGGAGACAGAAGGGUGUACCCGUACUCAUAUGUCUUCUGCAAGCAUCAAACUCUACAAUGGCAAUGGUACAGUAUUCGUAGUCUGUAGAAAAGAUGCGAACGAUACGUGUAGGCUUCGAGUGUUUUUAACUGUUUCGCAAAAAAAAAAAUUUCGUUAUACAGUACUGUUAGGAAUGCUGUAAGCCCAGCGCCCAA